AUGCCUCUCGUCGAUCCAAUCACCAACAGUGCUGCCGGUGGCACUGAUAAAAAUCAAGAGUGGUUGAGCAAGUUGGCUGGAAAGAAGAUUGGUGAAGUUAGCAACGAGACUACCUUCGCAAAGCAAGAUCUUCCUGAAGAGCAUAGAAUUAUCGAGCCUGGAUCGAUGGUUACCAAGGAUUUCAAGGAGAACAGACUCAAUAUUCAUCUCAACGAAGAUGGAACUGUCUCCCAUGUCAACCAUCAAUAG